AUCCCGUAGGUAUGAUCACUAAAGUGCUGCCCUUUUUCGGCGAAAGCGGUAGACGGAAGAACUUCCACAGAAAAUGGAGGUCAUGAGAUGACGGGAGAGAAUUGCAAUUGAGCGAUUGUUUGUGAGAGCCUAUAUGCUAUCUGUGUAUUAAUUUGGAGUACAGCGAUGGGUCUCCAGACAGUAAAAUCCAAAAGGAGAGGCAGGAAGAGAAACGAGGGACUUGAGAAAGUGGAGCUUCCUACCAAAGAUACCACUAGUUUAGUUAACUCCGACUUGUCCAGCUUGCACAAACCAAUUGAUACGAGUGCAUCUGCUCUGUAUCAAGUCAGUAAGCUCCUUGAGACCGGCACGGAGGAGGUUAAAUCUGUAUUGUCCUACGAAUGCGACAUUAUAUAUGAAUGUCGUGUUUGCCGCAGCUUGUUCCGAAGCAUCGUCAAUUUUAUGUCUCACAAGAGAGAGUACUGUAGAGAAAAAUUUCACGUUCCACUUGACGGGAGUCUGUUGGACGAUUCUAAUGCGAUAAUAAUUAAGGGUGCCGUUAAGAAUGACAGAGUACUCAGAAGUCAAGCGUUCAAGGAGCAUCCACAGAAGAGAGAUCCUAGUGCGACAGUAGAUGUGCUUAACAAGAAACAGAAGGAAAGCACGGAGAGCAAUGUUUUCAAUGAAACGACAAUUGAAAAUGAGCUGCCUAAUGCUCCAAAUGAGCAACACAUUUAUUUGGAAUCAAUUGAUGCAAAUUGUUCCGCAGUGUGUCAAAGUACCAAAUCACUCAAUACAGUUGAUACGGACGUGAUGAAGGCAAAGAUAACCGACUUACGGAAUAUGAUGGAAGAUAGAAUUACGUUACAAGGACAGAUUGAGAGUCUAGUAGAAAAGAGCGACAGUCCUAUUCUGAUGGAUAUGAAUGAGGAGGAUGAACUAUUAACUCCUAGACCACCUGCGAAUAACUUGAUUUGCAACAUAUGUGAAGCAAAAUUUUCAACGAAGAAGACAUUGAAGGUACAUAUGAAAACGUUACAUACGGCCAAGCGCAUUUGUUAUGUCUGUCCUUGCUGUAGCAAUACAUUUGCGAAUACAUGGAGCGUCUAUCGACACUUGCAUAAAGUUCACAAGAAGACUCGUGAACAGGUGCGUGACUUAAGAUUGUAUAUUCAAGAAAAAAUAUUUCAUAGAGAAACAUCUGCGAUUAAAGGUGCAAGAAACGCUCGCAAAUUUAGAACAUCUACUUUGAAAACUGCGACAAUAACAAAUAAAUAUCGGAAGUCGAUAAGUCGUGUGAAAUCUAAUAAAUCCAAUAAGAAAAAUAAGGAGCUUCAAAAAAAGUAUAGGAGAUGUGGGAAAAGAUUGGAUACAAAGAUAUCUUUAUCCGCUCACUCGCAGGGCCAUGAAAUGCCAACGAAUGACCGAUCGGUAUGCGAAACAGAGAAUGUCGAGGCAGCAACUGAUUGCAAUGCAAAAGUACGUAACAAGGAAGAUACGUUAAAUACGUCUUCUGAGGAAAUCAUACAGGACGUAGUACCAAACCUCGUCAAAGAAAAUGGGAAUGUAAAGAAAAACUGUAGCUCCACAUGUAACUCGACAAGUGACGAGAACGAUUUCACGCCAGCGAUGGCACAAAAUAUCGAUAAGAACGAGCCUGCUAGUGAGAACUCGUAUAACUUUGUGCCUGACAAAGAUUUAUUCGAGCUUAAAUAUCUUACUCCGAAAAUGAGAUACAAGAUGCGAAAGUGGUUAAGUAAUUACGCUCGAAAUUUACCGACUGAGUCGAAAGAGAAAGACACGGCGGAAGUGCAGGAGGACAAAUCUAGACCGUCCUCACCUUUGGUAGCGUCCGGUGAAGAAGAUCCAACUCUAUUCAUGAAGAACAAGAUAGCGGGCAUAGCAGAUUUCCAGAAGCUGCGGUGUCUCUCGUGCAAACGGAAAUUCACGAGCUUGUCGAACCUAUUUAGGCACAUAACGAUUCACGUUGGCUGGAACCCAUAUCGCUGCAAGUUAUGCGACUUCAAGAGUUUCGCGAGAUGCGGCUGCAUCGCUCAUUGCAACAAGGCGCAUGACGCGCAAAGCGUAGCGGAAUCGGUAAUUGAGAUAUCGCACAGUGAGUACGUGGGUAAUCAGAACGCGACUGCAGAUGUAACGAGUAAGAGUGAGACACCGAGCGAUUCUGACACUACGAACGCUGUAUCAUCAAAUCAGUCGGAAACGUCUCUAGAUUUGGGCAAUUCGAAUAAUUCGAGUGUGCAGAUCGCUUCGCAAGUCGAUGCUAUUAUAACUGAGCAAGCUGUAGACUCGGACGGAGAUAUUGAAUUAAAAGAUACUGACGUGAAAAAUGGCGAGAACAAUAUUACGAUGAUGGAAAAUUUGUCAGAUUACAUGAUGAGUCACGGUUCGGAAAAAUUAGACGCCAAUCCUGAUCUUAAACGGAUAGUGAUGGAAGUGAUAUUUGGCUCGGGCGAUACUACUAUCACCAAACAGGUAGAUUCCGAUAAAGCGGCGGUAAAAACUGACGACAAUGCGGGCGGUGAUACGGAUGCGAAGAAUAAAGAUAAAAAUAAUAUUGCAUUUAUUACGGAAUCUAAGGAACGAUUUUCUUCGUCGGCAAACAACGUCUUGAAACACCAACGUCCUAUACGUAAUCGAGUAAAGGCUUUAAGUGCCGAUUUCGUCUAUGAUUUAAAAAGGCUCGCGUCUCGGAAAGAGAAUGCCCUUUCCAAUUCUAGGGCACCGAAUGUCCGCAAGAAAUCGAAAUAGUACAAUUGAAUAUUUGAGUUUAUUAAUCAUUUUUCUUUUGAUCUUCAUUGUUAUUAUAAAAUCAAAAGGUAUUUUUAAACUGUAGGUUUAAGAUUUUGUGUAUCUACCUAUUCGAUAAAUAAAGAACAUAAAUUCUUCUUUCAACAUGAAA